AUGGCUGCCUCGCCAGCAGCUUCGUCUCGCCGCAGUGCGGCAUCCUCAUCGGCCUCCCUCAAGCGCUCCGAUGAUCAUCCACCCAAAUCUCCAACCAUUUCCGUCGAUACCCUCGUCAAUCAUUUACUCGUUGCCAAACGUUCCUUGUCCUCCAUGAACCAUGUGCUUCGUGCCAACGAGCUUGCGACCUCGGCGCGUCACUCCCAGGAGGAGAUGCUGCUGCUGGCAGCGCAAACCGCCUUCGUCCGAAACUACAUCCUCGAUCAAAAUGCCAUACUGGUUCGCAUCAGAAGGAGUCUGCAAGCGACCUAUGAAUGGGGCAAGCGAGACUUCAAGAAGCUUAUCAAGAUUAUGGACGAAGUCGACGCCGCCUUGAGUGGAACCAUGGACAUGCUCCGAGAAACCGAAGUGCAGACACUCUUUCAACCAAACGAUAGAGAAAGGAAGAACUUGUUAGAUUUUGUUGAUGAAUCCAGCAGCAUCCAGCAGUCAUUUGACGGGGACCUACUUCGACUCGAAACCGACAUUCGAAACCUCGCACAACGCAUCAGCGAAUCGUACUCGCAGCCACAAGUAGACGAUGGGCAAAUGGCGCCUGUUGCACUUUUACAGAGCCUUGAUGAUCACUCGUCGACCAUGGCACAACUAUUGGCAUCGCUAACUAAGCACUUCGACAUGUGCGUCACGGCUAUACGUACCACCGAAGGGGCUGCAGCACUCGCCCGACGAAAGGCUGCAGAGGUCACACAGUCACAGGGGAGUGAUGGCGUGUCAAUAUCUGGCGUCAUCGCCGAGCAGGAGUCACACAUGUCUGACCUCGAGCCCAAGACUGCCGAAGACCGAGCUGAGAUGCUCAAAGUGGUUGUUCAGGAUGCUGAGGAAGUCGACGAUGUUGUACGAGAGAUCCAAGAGCGCCUCGCGGACAUGGAGCAAGAAUACACAUCAAUACAUGAGCAUGUAGACCGGUCCAAGGCAUCCUACUUUGGCGUACUGUCAGCGUUUGAAUUAGUGGGACAAGUCGGUGACCGCAUCGAUGACUAUCUUGCCGCAGAAGAAGACUUCCGACAACGAUGGGAGCUGGAGAAGGAAGCCGUUUUUGGAAAACUUAGAGAGAUGAGGGAAAUGAGGGACUUUUACGAAGGGUACGCAAGUGCCUACGGCAGUCUUGUGCUGGAAGUCGAAAGACGGCGGGCCGUCGACGAGCGAGUCCAAGGCAUCUGGCGAAAGGCGCAGGAGUCUGUGGACAAGAUACUCGAGGCGGACCGAGUGUCCAGAGAGGCCUUCCGACAGGACGUUGGUGAGUACCUGCCGGCUGACUUGUGGGCGGGCAUGCAAGGUCCAGCCAAGAAAUGGACUGUUGUUCGUAUAAAUGACGACGACUCGGCUGCUGCCAGCAUGGUUGGCCGACUGGAUUCAGCGCAAGGAUCGAGACUGACGGGCAGUGCACGACAAAGUGCGGAUUAG